AUGAGCUCCUUCGUUCGCCUCGCUGGUGUUGUCGCUCUCAUUGUCUCUUUGGGUCUGGCUGUUCAGGCUCUGGUGUAUGUACCCGACGUCAAGAUUCCUGUUCCUUGCGGUAAAGAUCUUGUCAGCAAGGCCUUGAUCGAACUUGUGGUUGGGGGCUCUCUAGAGCAGAAAAUCAGGGCACUACUCAUUCUCAACUCCGUUGCUGAGCUGAAAGUUGCAAUUGCUGUCAUCGUUGCUUUGUUCAAGGAGUGUGGCGAUGAGCUACUUAAGAUUGGUGCUGGUGUUGCCAUCGAUGUUGAUGCACAUGCCAGCAUUGUGGCAUGUGUUUCAGCCGUUAUCACUCUCUUGGUCAAAAUCUGCCUCCAACUCUCAGUCAAGUUCGGUGUCGCUGCUGUUGUUGCUAUUUUUGCCGAUAUCGAUGUCGUCCUCCGUGUAUGUCUUGUUAACCUCGAGGUAUGCGUAGUCGGUAUUGUUGCUCUGAUUGUCCAAGCUUGUGUCUACAUCACCGCUUCCGUAUUGGCUCAGGUCAAGUUCGAUAGCUGUGCUGAGGUACUCGUCAAGGCAGGGCUCGCUGCCUAA